AUGGCUUCAAAUCCAAAAGCAACAUGUGGACGAGUUUUUAUUAAACUAUUAGAUGGUGUUAAUAUUGAAAUUAGAACAUAUGAAAAACUUCGUGAUGUACAGAAAUCAUCAAUUGUCAAUUCAUGUCGGAUGAGAAUUUCAAUGAAAAAGAAUCUUCAAGAUAGUUCAAUGAUAAUAUCUCGUGUUAUGAUAGAAUUUGAUGAUUUAUUAUCUGUGCUUAAUGAUACACAAUUAAAAUCAGCAUUAAAUACUUAUAAAGAAAUAACUGAAUUAAUGAAACGAAGUAGUCUUGAAGAUGCUAUUGUUAAACUUCCUACACCUACUUUGUCAAGUUUAUCUGAAGUUGAUAUUGAAUCUAACGUACAUGAUAUAUCCGAUACAAAUGUCAUUAUUGAUAUAUUAUCAACAUCAGUACCUAUUCUUGUUAGUAAAAUGAAAAUAGAAAAACUGAUUACAAAUAAAAAUCUUGAUUUAUCAGAACAAAAACAAUCGAAAUUUGAAGGAAAUAUUCAAUGUGGAUUAGAAAUAAUUGCAAGAUGUUCACGAGAUUCAUUCAUAUCAUCAUCGGUGAAUAUGAGUGAUAAUAGUAAUAAAACUUCAUCACAAUAG